UGUCGUCAUUUAUUUUGGCGCGAAAACUUUAACUCCGGUGAGACAGUUUUCGGAGGAGUCUGCUGCCCAUACGCGCUUACAUUAGCUGACACCUUAAUUCCUCAACGUAUUUAGAUUACAGCAGCGUUCCGACUGCAUGUUUUUCAACAAAAUGAUUGGACAAAAAACGAUAAACUCAUUUUUCUCCCCUGUUUCGAAGAAAAGAAUUUCUAAGGAAUUAAAUGAAGUCGAGGAGGAUGCCAAACACCAGAAGAAGCUGAAGUCCUCAGCGGGGGAGUCCGAGCCGUCCGGCCCGCCUCCUGCUCCUCUUUCCCGGGAGCAGAUGGACAAGAUCGCCCGCAACAAGAAAUCCGCGCUGGAGAAACUCGCUUUUGCUCAAACGCCUGCGGGGUUUGGAGAGAGCUGGAGAGAGGCGCUGUCGGAGGAAUUUGGGAAAGCCUACUUCAAACAAUUGAUGGAUUUAGUUUCCGAAGAGAGGAAACGCUUCACGGUUUACCCACCUGCCGAAAAUGUCUUCACCUGGACUCAGACGUGUGACAUCCGAGAGGUGAAAGUGGUGAUUCUCGGCCAGGAUCCAUAUCAUGGUCCUAACCAAGCCCAUGGGUUGUGCUUCAGCGUCAAAAGACCAGUGCGUCCUCCGCCCAGUCUGGAGAACAUGUACAAAGAACUGGUGUCGGACAUUGAAGGCUUUCAGCACCCUGGACAUGGAGAUCUGACUGGAUGGUCCAGACAAGGUGUGUUGCUGCUCAACGCUGUGUUAACUGUCCGAGCGCAUCAGGCCAACUCGCACAAAGACAAAGGCUGGGAGACCUUCACUGACGCUGUGGUGCAGUGGCUCAGCAACAACCUGGAAGGCCUGGUCUUCAUGCUUUGGGGGGCAUAUGCGCAGAAGAAAGGAGCUGCUAUUAACAGGAAGCGCCACCACAUCCUGCAGACUGUGCAUCCUUCUCCCUUGUCUUGUCAUAGGGGAUUUUUGGGGUGCAAGCAUUUCUCAAAGGCCAACGAGCUGCUGAAGAAAUCCGGAAAGUCUCCAGUAGACUGGAAGGAACUUUAAGAUUUUAUUUUAGAUUUUUCCUACAUGUUUGUUGGUGACCUACAACCAAAACACACUUAUAAGCUUUUACAGUUUCCUAUGUGCAAAGAUUUCUUUAUUACAGUUCCUAUCAGCCGUUUAAGCUGCUAUGUCUUUUGCCACACACUGAAUAUUUCAUAAAUGCCUUUUAUUUCAAACGGUUUCAUUGUAAAUAUUUUUUUGUUCUGUUUUUUGUUUUUACUGUUUAUUGUAAAAAUGGUUCUAAUAAAGCGGUUCCAAAAAGUUG